CCAAAGGUUACAAAGAGGGGGAUACAAAAAAUGGGACCGAAGCAGGUCCAAAAUCCAGCAGGGCAAACAUUAAAUCCACUUCGAGCAUCCCCAGCAAUCUGUGACAAAUUUUAAACUUCCCUUUCCCGGUACCAAAUUCUGCCUUAGUUACUUUUCUGUUGUUGCUGAGACAAAAUACCUGACACCCAAAAGUGGGUGGAAAAGUUUAUUUAGCUGAAUGUUUGUAGCAGCUUCAUGUUUGUAGCAUAAUGGGUUAGCUCCAAGGCCAGGUGGCACACGGCAGGGGGGUAACAGUUCAUUGCUCAGAAGACUGCAAAAGCAACAGGAAAAAUAUAAGCCCUUUUCUGUCCUUUAUAUUGUAUCCAGGCUACUAGGAUUGCGGUGGUGCCAAACCAGUGUACUGAUUUAGUCAUCACACACCCUUAAUCCCAGCAUCACACACUCUACAUUCAACCACCCAUGAGGCUUUGAGGGGACAUCUAGACCCAAACCAUACCAGCAGCUCUCUCCUUAAGUACUUAUGACUUAUUUCAGGCAGAGUGGUAAAUGUGUCAAGCAGAAUGAUUCAUGUGGACCUUCCAAACUGCAGCCCUGAGCUACAGCAGAAAUUUCGAAGUGAGACCAUCACUGAGGAGGAGCUGGUGGGGCUCAUGAACAAGUUCAUGGAAGACACAAAGAAUAAAGUGCAGGAGAAGGAAGGGUGGCCCAAUUCGGCAUAUGGGGUGUCCAAGAUAGGAGUCACAGUCCUGUCCAGAAUCCAUGCCAGGAAACUAAGUGAGGAGAGGGGAGGAGACAAGAUCCUGCUGAAUGCCUGUUGCCCAGGGUGGGUGAGAACUGACAUGGGGGGACCCUCAGCUACCAAAAGCCCAGAAGAAGGAGCAGAGACCCCUGUGUACUUGGCCCUUCUGCCCCCAGAUUCUGAGGGGCCUCAUGGACAGUUUGUUCGUAACAAAAGUGUUGUACAGUGGUAAACUUGACUCAUACCACCCAUGGCCCCAUUGUGUACCAUGGCCUGAUGUGACCCAAAGGAAAUUUA